GCAGUGUCUAUGCAUUUGGACCUGAAGACACUGGCCAAAGUCUCCAAAGGGGACAAUUGGUCCAGACCCAGACUGUGCCACAUCAGUAGACAGCCGGAGCACGGCCUGGGGAUGACAGUAAUCUCAGUGGAAGGUCAGAAGGGCCGGUACGUUGUGAGCACAGUGAGUGAUGGUCCAGCAGAGAAAGCUGGUGUCUGCACUGGAGACCGACUGAUCUGGAUCAACGGAGUCCUGGUGUCAACACUCUCACACACCACGCUCAGCAAAACUGUGAAGAAGGAUGGAGAUUCAGUGACCGUGUUAGUCACUGACAGUGAGAGUGAGGCUUGCUAUGUCAGGAGGAAGAUGCCCAUCCUGCCUGUGGUAGCAGAAUGCUGCAGCCUCCCACACGUUGCGAAGACCAUGCACCUAGCUAAAGGAAGCGAUGGCUACGGCUUCCUGCUGAGACAAGAGAAGCUGGCAGGCUAUCGACGGAUAGUUCAUGUGCUGAGGGAGGUCGAUGUGGGAAGUCCAGCUGAGGGGGCAGGGAUGGAGGAUGGAGACCUGCUGCUAGCUGUCAAUGGGGAACCUGUUGAGUCCAUGGAGCAUGAGGACAUCGUCCAAAAGAUUAGACAGAGUGGUGAUAAAGUCAUCCUCACCUCUAUAUCCAUACCAGGAAGAGAAUUUUACAGAGAGUUAGGCAUGUCUCCCCUGUUGUUCCAUGAAGUAUGUACACUCCAGGAUGACAAGCAGCAGACUGUCUCCCCCUACAUUAAGAACCAGAAGGAAACACCUCUGACAAAUGGAUAUCUGACAUAUCCCACAGUGUCUGCUCACGCCAGAGAGGAGACACGCUCUGCUUUCCACUCAGACUGUGUCCCAGAUCAGUCAGGAGCUUUAAUCACAUAGGUACCCACGCUGUGAAAACUGAAAAUCUGGUGCCUAAAGAAGGAAGACCUCAUGUAUGGAGCAGUGUAUUUGGUGUCAUUCAUCUGGUUGUGGAGAACGGGGACUGCAUUGAAAACAUCCUUAGUUCUCAAAUGGGUUAUGGUGAUGGUGCCAGAAAACCACAUUCAUUUCAAGUUCCUCUGAUGAAAGGACCAACUUUUUUGAAGUUUAUUGUUCUCUGUCCUUAUUAUUCAAAGGUUAAAUUUCUUUCCUUCAUUUCACUUUCACUUCAUUUCUGCUGUUGUCAGAUAGGCUAUGGUAGUAACACUUUUAAAAAUGGAAUUUUAAAAAUAUUAAUCUGUAAUUAAGUGAUGGAUCAACUGUAGCACAGUCUGUAUUUCCCAAUUUGACAUCAAAAGGGUAUUCACUCGGAAACAGCUGGAACUGUAAUAGAUGUGUACUGCUGUUAUUACUUUAGAAAUAUGUAUUAGGCAUACAAACCCUUUAGUGUAUACUAAAGAUGCGACAGAUUUCAAAGCAGUAAGUAAUUUAUAUUACAUGUCCUUGUAUGGUUUUUCAUUUAAUGGAGACAAAAUGU